GCGCGCUGGUGCGCUCGAGCCCGAGGUGAGCGCUCGAGCACUGCAGAGACACUGACGAGCUCAACAACAUCUCAGCACAACAUCUCUCCUUUUCUCUCUCUCUCUCAUUUCACUCCUUUCACCUUCACCUUCUCCUUUAGCCGAACCAACCGAGACUCAGCAGAUUCUGUGUGACAGGAAAAGGAGAAGGACGGUUGGUAAACAUUUUGCUGUCAGAACUGAAGAGAAGGAGGCGGAUGCUCGGUAAACAGAUAAACAGCCUUCGUGUUGCUCCGGUGAUGUCUCACUAGAGCUGCGUUCGUUUCGACCGUCCUGUAACUGCACACCGCCCCGCACCUCUGAUUCAAUAUGGCCGCCAUAAAGAGCGGCUCAGAGGGCAAAAUUGCCGGCCUCUACGAAUUGGAUCGCACACUAGGGAAAGGCCACUUCGCCGUCGUGAAGCUCGCACGCCACGUUUUCACCAGGCAGCUGGUGGCUGUGAAAAUCAUCGAUAAGACCAAGCUGGACGGCAUGGCCAUGGGCCACCUGCUGCAGGAAGUGCGCUGCAUGAAGCUGGUACAGCACCCCAACGUGGUGCGUCUCUACGAGGUGAUCGACACGCACACCAAACUCUACCUCAUCCUGGAGCUGGGUGAUGGCGGAGACCUGUACGACUACAUCCUGCGGCAUGAAGGUGGAGUCGCUGAGCGCACCGCCAAAGUACAUUUUGCUCAGAUCGUGCGCGCCAUUGCAUACUGUCAUCGACUGCAUGUAGUGCACCGAGACCUGAAGCCCGAGAACGUUGUGUUCUUCCGCCAGCAAGGGACUGUCAAACUCACUGACUUCGGAUUCAGCAACCACUUCCAGCCCGGAACCAUGCUCGUCACCAGCUGUGGCUCACUGGCCUAUUCAGCUCCGGAGAUACUGCUGGGAGAGGAGUAUGAUGCUCCUGCUGUGGAUAUUUGGUCUCUGGGUGUGAUUCUCUACAUGCUGGUGUGUGGACGCCCGCCAUUCCAGGAGGCCAACGACAGCGAGACUUUGAUCAUGAUCAUGGACUGCCGAUAUACCGUCCCGGAUCACGUCUCUGCGGAGUGUAAAGAUCUGAUCUCGCGGAUGCUGCAGAGAGAGCCGUCUAAGCGAGCCCCUCUGCUGGAGAUCGAGUCUCACCCGUGGCUGCAGGGUGUCGAUGCGUCUCCGUCGCCUGUCUCUCCGCACUGCAGCCUCUCUCCUCAGGAGCACGAGCUCAUCCUGCAGGCCAUGAGCUCUGGGAACAUCGCUGACAAAGACACCAUACAGGAAGCCUUGGAUGCUGACCGGUAUAAUCACAUCACAGCCACGUAUUACCUGCUCGGAGAACGCAUCUUACGGGACAAACAGGAGUUGAGUGGCCUCAAUCCAGAACAAAGACACACACAGAAGUCAUUUUCUGAGCCUCUGGACCUGGUGGAAGCCCGGGGCCCUCAGGCUGAUGCUCUCAGAGACGCUUCUUUGGCUCCUGUCACCCAGUUGGGUUCUGUGUCUCCGGGUUUCUCCCGACGGGGAGUGUGUGAAUCUGGAGACCUGCUGGCUCCCAAACCCAGCCGUCAGGACACAUCCUUCAGUGAUUUUGGCAGUCCUAGCUCUUGCCUAGGUCUCAGUCUCCGCUCUGUACCUCCAGACCCCCCUCCAGUGGUCAAAAGUCUUAGGGCUUUGCACCAAAUUUGUGAGGAAGAAGAGGAGGAAGAAGAAGAAGAUAAACCUGCUGUACAGUGUAGCAAGGCCAGCUUAGUGCCAUCAACAGCAUCCCCUUUGGAUACUUCUCCCAGACGUUGUUUAAUAUCAAAAGCUCCAAGUGUCUCAGAAAAGCUGGGGGGGAGAGGAAAGGAAAAGAGCCAGGGACAUGGGCUUUGUGAAGUAUUAGCUGAGGACGAGGAGCUUCAAGGAGAGGGAGGGACAGUCACAGAAGAGAGUCAAGGGGAUGACACCAGCAAAAAAACAACAAAAAUUGAGGAGACCGCAUCCCAGAUAGAGAAGCGUUCAUAUAUGUUUGAAGAUAAGCUACAGAUGGACCAAAAACUUCAGAAUCCUAGGGGACCUCCAGCAGCAGCACAUGCUGAGAAGAACCCCACUGAGGAAACUAGGAAAGAAGGAAAAGCCCCUGACAGAUCUGUAGAUGAGAGACAGAAGGACCAUCAGCAGCUAUUUGGGCCUCCAGCAAAUGGCAGGCCGGAGGAGAAGAACCACACUGCGGUAGCAGGCACAGCUAAACAUAAACAACAGAACCAGAGUCUUCAGAAGCUUGUUGAACCACCAUCAGCAGUGCAGACUGAGACCCACCUUGAGGAACCAGGAAAAACAGUGAAAGGCUUGGACAGAGAAAAAAGUCAACGACACAAAGACCUUCAGAAGACAGACAUAUGUUUAUCAGUGGCCAGGACAGAGAAGACCCAAACUGAGGACCCAAGCAAAGCAAGAAAAGCUGCAGACAGGGCUGAAGAUGAAAGAAAUAAAGACCUUCAGAAGAAAGACAGACCUUUACCAGCAGCACAAACUGAAGACAAGAACCACAUUGAAGAACCCCGAAAAGCAGAAAGAGCCUUAGACAAAGCUGAAGAUAUGGGCCAUAAGAAUCAGAGCCUUCAGAAGCUAGACAGAUUUCCAGCACCUCCUAGGCUUGAUUCUGUGCAGUGUUGCUGGGGCCAGAGCGAACUCUCCAAUGAUACUCUUGAAGACAACAACAACACCCCGUCCAAGCCGAGGCUGCUUGACACCAAUGUCGUUUCAGCCCCCUGCGUCUCUCCGCGAUUCCUACCCAAGAAUCAUUGCGUGGACCUGAGACCAGAUGGAGUGGAAACCCGCAAGGUGCCUGGAGAAGCCGAGAGGACGGAGGAGACAUACGGCAAACCUCAGCAGGGUCAACGGGGAUCCAGGGAUGCCGGCACAGACUCCAACAAGAACAAGAAUGUGAAUCUGCGAGAGCGCCUGCUGCAGUUCCCCCUCUGUGAGAAAGCUUUGUCAUUCAACAUCCAGCCCACAUCCAAAGAGAAACUGCUUCCCUUCGCUCAGUAUAACUGCUGCCAUGUGCUAUAGGGGAGACAUCUGAAAGCUGUUCAGAUCUCUCUGGCAUUUCACAAAGCUUGUCAACGGAGUUCCUGCUUUCCUCCCUUCUUUACCAGUAAUGGGUUUUUAAAAGACACAGCACAUGUCGUUGUCUCUUACUGUGAGGUGCUCUGGCCAAACACACACACACACACACACACACACACACACACACACACACACACACACAGCCACAUCUAUUCACUGUAUAACCUUAGCUUUCCCAUGCCCUUUACACAGCAUUCCCUGCUGCUUUCCUGUGUGGCGGCUAACAUCCUAGUGCUGCUGUGUAUAUAGACGUAAUCUAUAUCUACCUGCGAUUUGUGCGAACUCAGUGAGCUUUCAUUAGAACUAGCGUAUGUCUCGAGAGUGUAGGAGCCCUGUGAAUAAAAGAGUCGCUUGUUGUUUUGCACUGUAGCAGCUUCUCUAGAGCAGAGCUUUACCUAAAGAGAUGUGAAGCAUCACGCGGCACACAUAGGGCGCACAGUUUGAGCAAAAGCUCCCAUAUGAAAAUUGAAUAUGAUCAAAUAUAUAAAUAGAAAAUAUUGCAAUCAUAUCUGAGUGAGAGCUUCUGGAACCACUGCUCCAGCGGCACAUAACAUACCAGAAACAAGAGUCCUCCCUGACCAUAGACUCAUAUUCAUUUUGUUCACAUUCAUUUUACACACACCAGCUAACCUCAGUUACUUGUCUAACUUUUAAAACAAUUCCAUACUCGUAUGUGAAAUGUUUUACUACGACUGGAUGUUGAUUUGCAUUUCCUCCAUAGACAACGUUUUAUUUUACAGUAUACUGGAAUACGAGUGGUCAAGUGGCCUCACAUUGCUGUGUAUAGAAUGACUUUGUCAUCUAACUAGGACUCUAGAUGCUAUAACUGCAAUACAUUUUCCAAUAUAUGACAGUUUUUCUCAAUAUUUACAAUAUGGCUACACCAUUUUAAAAACCAUUUGUACUGGGCAAGAGUUGAGGGCAACUUGCGUUGUGUUGCAUAGAAACAGCUUUAAAUCAUAAAGUAUUGAAUAGUUAGUUGCUUUUAAUGUAUCAUUGGAUCAUUCACCACAAUUUCAGAGGAUUACCACACAUGGAAACAUGCACACCAAAUGAAAAGAUUGCUAACUGGGAGCUACUGGCUUUUCCAUUUUAUUGACUAUUGAUUAAACUACUAAAAAUUGAAUCAAUCCAGCAUUGAGCUGGAUUUUGUCAAAGCCUUGUAGCAUCACUAUCACCUUUACGAAUUACAGUAGGCCUCACUCACUGGCACAAAGACUGAUGUCGCUAUUCUACUGGCCCAAGUGUGUGAGGUUUCAGGAUGCAUGAAAGACAUGCAAAGCGUUUGACCAUAUAUACACAAGCAUGCUACAUUAGCACCGAUCAAAGUAGUAUUAGCAUCACACUGGCUGGGCCGACCAGGGAAAGAUGCAGAACGUAUCUGUGAUACAAGAACUUGGACUGAGGUUAUUUGAAAGCCAACGAGAGAAGACUGGUCUUCCUGAAUCUCUUUUUUUUGUUUUGUUUUGUUUUGUUUUGUUUUGUUUGUUUCAAAUGUGUACAUGGUUAUUCUGGAAAAUGUUAUCAUAUCAGAGUCUUACUAGGGGGAUGGUGGAAACAUGGUGACUUCAUAUCAUUCUUUUUUGUUGUUGUUUUACUUCACUUUUAUUUCAUUUUAUUUAAGAGGACCAUCAUAAGAGAGUGAGACUGGAUUUAACUUGUUUGCCUCGGGGUGCAUGUUGACUGUUGAGCAAGCAGUCUGUCAGUAUAAGCUCUUGGACACACCUGGACAUGUACAGUGUGUAUAUAUUCUUUUGAGCAUGUGUGCUAUUAUCUAUAUAUAUGCUAUUGACAUGAUAUUGUUAAUGAUAUUGACAUGAUAUUGUUUUCACCUAACAUACCAAAUACAAAACUAGCUCUAGGCAUCGAACCGUGACGAGAGGACAAGUAGCAUCCUGACAAAAUUGUGAGGUGGAAGAAAAACAUUUGGAAACAAAAACUUUGUCACUAGGAACAGGCUAAGUAUAGAGCAGAUGUUCUAUUGCAGAAGUGCUUUGCUGUUUUAGUGCUAUUGCGUGAAGCUGAAUCAGCAAAGAUCUUACAUCAGUCACAUGUAGAAUUAUAAACAGCUACAAAUAACACAUUCACACUGGUAACGUAGUCAGAGUAGUCGCGGUUAAUGAUCUUCAGCUAUUCUCACUAAGGUCUUUGUGGAUGGUUCGGUUCUUCUGGAGUAUGGAGGACAAAAAUUCUUUUAUUCUAACAAAAGCAGUUUUCUGAGACAACCAUAUUUUUUGGACUGUAAGACACAUUUGUUGUCCUUGUACAACAAAAUAACACCCUUCUAUUAGUAACGUGGUUCUGCUCUCUGCUGGUUUUUGAUUUAUGUUUGUAACCAUUACAUUUCAGAUAACAGACGGCUUCUGUUUACACUUUAAGGUAAAUAUGCGUGUGAUGUAUAUGCUGAUAUUUGUUAUAUAUAUAUAUAUAUAUAUAUAUAUAUAUAUAUAUAUAUAUAUAUAUAUAUAUAUAUAUAUAUAAAAUAUGAGAUUGGGCUGUGGACGGCAGUACAAUUCUAAAUUCAUAAUUUCUUUCAUACUGCUGCUUCAGUUUGUUUUCUGCUGUCCACGUCACAUAUCAAUAGCAGCAGACAUGCUUACUACUGUAUAACUUAACAAAAUAAUAGAACCCUAAAUACCCGAUGGUUCAAUGUUAAACUGAAUAUUUAGUAGAAAAUAUCAGUGAUAGGUGCACUGCUGUUCAAAUGUAAUGUCUGCUUAUUUUUAUAAUGCACAAAUGCAAUAAUUACAGCCAAAUGAUCGAUCACAAUAAUUUUAUCACUUGUAAACAAAAAAAGAGUUGAUCUCAAUUCUCAGCAGCUCUGAUAAAUAUAACUUUCAACUGUAGUUGAAACGUUAACUGUACACCAGCCACUACUAUUGUGUAAAAAUGGUGGCUUAAUUUUAUGCAAACAGCAACUUAACUAAGAAGACAAAAUGAAGGGUGUGUUUGUGUGUGACUUAUAGUCCUGAAUAUACGGUACUGUUUCAUCAACCAGUCAAAAAACAUAUGGUAGGUGACAAUAUGUGACAUGUUGACGGCCUCUCCUAUAAACGACAGAUAAGCUGGCCAAGCUUCAGCCUACAUAGAAUGAUCUGAGCUAAUGAUAAAGAAUUGUAGUGCAGCGUAUCUUUAAUGUAUACGGUGCAUUAAAAAAAAAGUUCGAAUCCAUCAGUUGACUUUUCAUGUACUGUGAUCAGGAUAAACCAUAGAUAAAAUUAUUCUGCUAUCAUAGACCUCUUUGUUUAGUCUUCACAGAUCUUCAGUGUGACUAUAGCCUUUAGCCACGAAGUGUUUCAGACCAAAUGAAAUGUCUAUAGCGAAAGAGUUUCAGAAUGAUUUAUUGAAGGUCAAUGCAUAAAUUGAUGCCUCACAAAAAAAAAAAAAGAGGUUUGAAGUUCACGUGUAGAAUUUAUCAUUAUUGUUUUCAUAUAGUUCUUCAGACUGUAAAAUGUAAAGAUCUAACUCCUAAAGGAAUGGUUAGGGGAAAAAAUCCAAUACACACAAUUUCCCAUAUCUUGACAUUUGCUUUUAUAGUUUUGCACUGAGGCUAAUGUAGCUAAGAAGUAAUGCAAGUUUGUCUCACCCUAAAUCUUAUAUGUGACUAUCUUCCUCAAACCACAUGCAGUUUUUUUGCUGAUGCAGUAUGAUCACUAUAAUCUAUAAACAUGAAUAAAACGCUGCUGUGUAGCUGAAUGUUUGGCAUCGUAUGGGGGCAGACAUUUUUGGCCAAGCAGAAUCAUCUUUAUUUGUUGCUACAGCGUGGGCUCACGGUGUCUUAGCUUAAAAACGAAAUGAUGUAUUGGAAAGCUAGUAAUUAUGUGGAUAAUAAUAUAGCUCCACUUUGAAUUGUAUAAAUUUCUUUAUUUUAAAACAAUUCUAUGAAGAUUACAUAGAAGGUUUAGGAUAUUAGGGCCAGUGAAAACCUAAAGAAGCAUCGAUGACGGUUUAGAUAAUGCAAUUGUGUACAUUCGAUUUUUUGCUGCACUACUCCUUUAAUGAUCAUUGUUCGAGUGUGUAUAGCAGAGGGUUGUAAAGCACAAACCUGUACUGCACUUACUCACUGACACUUCCUGACUGCAGGCCUGCUCUAAAUGUUCGACUACACCUUUAGAAAAGGAGAUAGACGUACACAUCAUGAUGACCAUUCUUCACUCACUCCUCACUUUUUCUUUUUCAUUCUCAUUGUCUCGGGUCUCCAGUUUACCGACCGGGGUAGAAUGACAUCUGGCUAUGUCUAGAGUCCCAUUGACCCUUAUUAAAACAAUGACUCUGUCUCAAUGAGAUUAAUUUAUUUUUGUAUUUAUUUAUUAAAACAGAGUAAACCAAA